GCAGGAGGCCACGCUUGUGCCUGUUCUGAUCCACGUCCAUGGAGGAUCCAACGAGGUGGGCAUGGGCGCCAUGCUGCACGCUGACGUGCUGGCCAGCCGGGGCCAGUUUGUGGUGGUCACCUUCAACUACAGACUGGGAGCCUUUGGGUUUUUCCAUUCCCCGACUCUGGAUAUUCCCGCUAACCUGGGCCUGCACGAUCAGCUGCUAGUCUUUAAGUGGGUGCAACAGAACAUUGGUCAGUUCGGCGGCGACCCCAACAAGGUCACCAUCCAAGGUCACAGUGCCGGCAGUGUGGAUGUGGGUAUUCAUCUGCUGUCGCCGGCCUCAUCAGGUCAUUGUAUGUUAUAUGUUGUAUGUUGGGUGUUGAGAGUUGGAUGUUGGAUGUUGUAUGUUGGAUGUUGGAUGUUUCAGCAUGGCGAUGAAAUCUUCUAUUUCACGGCAAGUGUGGAUGGAUUCUUCCUUCUCGACCACCCGAUCAAACUGCUGGAUCGACGGACCCACAGACAGACAGGGACCCUGAACGGAGAGGCCCUGUUGAUGGUUUUUCCUUAUGUCUGUUUACAAUAUAUGUUACCCCCCCCCCCCCUUUUCCCUCCCCCGAAUGACAUGCUAAACACCAGCCCAACUUAUGAGGAUCAGAUUAAGUUGGUCCACUUUGUGUACAAGCCGUGGUCGGAUCCUUACAAUGUGACUGCCAACUUCAUUCGUCUGUCGGACCUGAUCGGUGACAUCACGUUCACAGCUCCGACAAUCCAGACAGCCGACUACCUGAGUAGGAGCAACAGAACCCAGCUUUAUGUCUACAGCUUCGAGCAUAGAUCUGAUAGCUCUAUUUAUCCUCAGUGGAUGGGUGUGCCUCACGGAGAUGACUUGUUUCAUGUGUUCGGGACCCCUCUAGAAGGUUCCAGGGGGAGAAACUUCACAGCCCGGGACCGAUUGGUCAGUCAGGCUGUCAUGGACUUGUGGAUCCAUUUUGUGAAACACGGGUAA